AUUCGGCUUCACAAUGUUGGCAGCAAUGUCGACAAUUGACAAGAAGGAAGAAUUGGACAACAAACGGGGAACCUGUUGUUCGUAGGAGAGGAGGAUUAUGGGAAUGUAGACACGCUACGAACGCGAUUACGAUCAUGAACACCAAAACAAAUUCACAAAAUGUGUCGAAUUCGUACAACGGAGAUACUAUUGGAAGGAACAGUCCAUCAGCAUUGUUAGUAGUGCUAGCAGAAGUUGCGUCUCAAACAUUGCAUUCAGAAACAAAGCAUAUUGAUUCGUUGCUGGCAGCACAAUGUAAACCUAGAACAGCGAGUAUUAAACGGAAAGAAUCAUGCUUUACUGUAUCUCAGCUUUUAUCUAUGCCUAUUUCCCAUCUUGUUAAGCAAUUUACUAUUUUUACAAGUGACGAGCUCAAAAGACAAUAUUCUUAUACAUGUGCAUUAAUACCUGGCUGUCAACAGAAAUAUACUAGUUUUGCCAGCGAAGAAAAGGCAAGAGCAUCCAUUAAAAGUCAUUUAGAAGAGCAUUUAGAAUAUCUGAAAGCAGAUAAAGAAACCUAUGAUACAUUUACAGCAAAAAGUAUAACCCAUAAGAAUUUAAAAACUAAUUUACAAAGUAAAAAAAGUCGGAUACAGCAGUCCAAAAAACCUCAAGAAACAAUAAAUAAGAAAAAUAAAGAUGUGAUAUUGGAAAAAUCUACAAAUUAUUUACGUAAAAUACUUUUAAAUGAUAUUAAUAUUAAAGAGAAUGAGAAGCAGAAAUGUUUUCAGAAUUCGGAAAAUAAGGAAACGCACAAUUCCGAAUUAAAAAAUUCUGACCAAAUGGAUACUAAGGUCCUUGGAGAUCAUAGUUAUUUUGAACGAUUAGAUGAUAAGAUGCCUAAUAAAAAGGGAAUGCCAUCUUUUAAUAAUGUCCUGGAUAAUACAAGAAAAGAAAAUAUUGUAUUGAUGGUUGUUGGUAGUGAUAGUGUACAUAUGAAAGAAUAUUCUUCUGUCAACCAGAAAUUAGCAGAAAACACAAAUUGUCAAGAUUCUGAUAUUCUCUAUUCAUCAGAUUCAUGGUCAGAGGAAACUCUGAUAAAAAAUACAGAAAUAUCUACAGUUACUAAACCUAAAGGAAAAGCGAAGUUUAUUGGAACGAGUAAGGAAGAGAGGGAAAUGGCAUUAGCAUAUAUAGAGCGUAUUAAGAAGAAAGGCAAUCCUACAGGAAGUAAUCUACAAUGUCGCAUUUGCGAUCCACCUCGUAGUUUCACCGCGCCUACAACUUUAGUAUCUCAUUAUCGUAGUCACGCUGGAAUAAAACCAUACGAGUGUCGAAUAUGUAGAGCAGUUUUCACAAGAAGACACAGUUUGAAAUAUCAUAUGUUGAUUCAUCAAAAUCAGACGCGCUUUACGUGUCUAGAUUGUGGAAAGAAGUUUAGACAUCCAUCACACUUUAGGGAACAUCAACGUAGACACACUGGAGAAGCCCCAUUUGGAUGUGACGAUUGUGGACAACGGUUCAAAACAAGAAAUACGUAUAAACGUCAUUUAAAAACACGACACGGUAAAAUUCUUACAACAAUUGGUGAAGUUUUGCAUCUUUCUGAAGAAGACUUUGAAAAAGUUCGGACCAAUCGAAGAAAGAAAGAUUGUGUCCCAGAGAUUACAAUGAAUGUCGAUAAUAUCGAAUCCAAUGUGAUUGUAGAUUUUGGAAAUUACCAUGACAAAACGCAAAUUGUUACAAAUUCAAUAGAAGAAUAUGUUCUGAAAGAGAAUAUUGAGGAUAUUAAUAAAAAUUUGGAAACAAAAGGUACUGUACAAUUUGUUGAUAAAUGUCUUGAGAAUUUUGAAAUUUGUUCAGAAUCUCAAUUGAAGACUAAUGGUAUAGAGACUGAAAUAGCUAUAGACUGUAAAUAUUCCGAUAAAAAUAAUAAAAGUGUCAGUGUGGAACAUAUCAAUGGUGUAGAAAAUGGCCUGCUACAAUUAAAAAAUCCUUUUUACGAAAAUUUAAAAAUAAUCAAUAAUGAAGAAAAUCACAUUAUUUAUCAACAUAACAUCGAAGAUCAGAACAAAGUUUAUGAUUGCAGCAACAAGAUACAAUGGCUUGAAUAUUCUGAAGUAAAAUGUAAUAAUGAGACUUCAAAAGAAGAAGAUGAAGAUAUAAUAGAGGAUACAAUAAAUAUAGAUCUUUCAGAAGAGGUACACAGAAAUAAAUUACAUGUGUUGCAAGAAUCUAUACACAAUUAUCACAAAAUCAUAUGCAAUAGUGAUAUGCCAGAUAAAACCGCAACAUAUGUGCAUUUAGAAACUGAACAAGCAGAAACUACAAAUUUCGAUAAAAAUAACCAAACAUGUGGUGAAAAAUAUGAUGAACACAUUAUUAUUACACAAAACAAUGACAUGAAUGAAAAAUCUAAUGAAUAUACUUAUAAUGCUGAAAAUAAAGAAUCUGCAGGAAGUAAUAUAACUUUAUGUACACAGAUAACGAAUAGAGAUGUUAACAUUCUGCAAACAGUCGAUACAGUUAGAGAAGAGAUUAUGCCACAAAAUCAAGAUAAUAAUAUACUUCGAGAAAACGAAUGUGUAAAUGAAUCUAUUACGACUGAUUCAAUAGAAACCAUAAAUGUCUCUUCAAAAAAUUCUGUUAAAGAAAAUCAGACACUUGAUCAACAACAAGUUAAUCAAUGUUUAUAUAUACAUACUGAUCAGUUAAAUAGGAUAAUCGCGCAAAGUACAUGUAUAAACAUACCUCUACAUCAAACCGAAUUAUAUGGCAAUAAACAAAAUCAGUUGCAAACAAAAGUAGAUAAUUGUAGGAAAGUUCGAAUUUUAGACAGUAAUUUACAAGCAAUUGACAUAAAGCAACCUGACAAGCAAAAUACGAUUUUAUUUGUAUCUAAUGAUCAUUUGAAGAAUGGCAUUUUUCAAAUUGACAGAAAUAGUAUCAGAUACUGUCAAAGUUCUAAAAAGAUAGACAAUUUACAAAGUUAAUAUGAUAAUGAUAAUAAUAAUAACUGUACAAUAAAACAUGUAAA